AUGCGGCGCCCCUUAAAGCGCACAAAAAUUACCGAGGGAAUGUAUGGAAACUCUUUGCUGUACCUACGGUUCGUAAUGUUAUGGACCACAGUUGUCAUGGCUGACUAUAUGCUGGAGUUCAGAUUUGAGUUCCUUUGGCCAUUUUGGAUGAUGCUGCGAUCAGUCUAUGACUCAUUCAAAUAUCAAGGACUUGCAUUCUCAGUGUUCUUCAUCUGCAUAGCUCUUACAUCCGACGUGAUAUGUUUCUUCUUUAUACCUCUGCAGUACAUAUUCUUUGCUGCAAGUACCUAUGUGUGGGUACAGUAUGUAUGGUACACAUUCGCCGACAAGGGCGUGUGCCUGCCCACCGUGGUGAUAUGCUGCGCGGUGGUGUACCUCGAGGGGGCGCUGCGGUCCGCGCGCGAGCUGGAGCUGUGCCGGCCGCUGGCGGCGCACUGCGUCGGCUACCCGGCGGUGUCGCUCGGCUUCGGCGUGAAGGCGUACGUCGGCAGGCGGCUGAGGAUGCGCAGGCAGCGGCAGGUCCGCGCCGAGAACGAGUUCUACUUCCAGCUGAUGAGGGACGCGCUGCCCGAGAGCGCGCUGGAGCAGAGCCAGCAGACGCCCAGAGAGGAGGAGGGCGCAGCCGAGGUGCCGCCGGAGGCUCGGCCGCCGAACGGCACGCUGCGCCGCCGCUACCCGCGCGUCAACGGCCUCUGCGGCUCGGAGCACGCCCAGCUCCAGUUCAAGCUGGAAAGGCUGGAGAGGCACCUGGCGCGGCAGACGGCCGCGCGCGAGCGGGAGCGUACGCAAGCGUCCGCCAGCGUGCAAACGUCGCCGCCGAACGCGAACGCGAGCGCCAGCACGAGCGCUAGCACGAGCGCCAGCACGAGCGCCAGCACGAGCGCCAGCACGAGCACGAGCGUGCAAACGCAGCCGCCGCCGGUGGCGACGACGCAAGCGAGCGCGAGCGCGAACGCACCCGCGAGCUCGAGCGCAUCCGCGAGCGCGAACGCACCCGCGAGCUCGAGCGCAUCCGCGAGCGCGAACUCGCUCAGCAACGGCUCCGCGGGCGGGGCCGGCGCGCCUCACGACGAGGAGCGUCAUGAACACAACAGAGGUACGAACAUGACAGAGGUACGAACACGACAGAGGGACGAACACAACAGAGGUACGAACAUGACAGAGGUACGAACACGACAGAGGGACGAACACAACGAGAGGUACGAACACGACAGAGGUACGAACACGACAGAGGGACGAACACAACAGAGGUACGAACACGACAGAGGUACGAACACGACAGAGGGACGAACACAACAGAGGUACGAAUACGACAGAGGGACGAACACAACAGAGAGGUACGAACACGACAGAGGUACGAACACUACAGAGGGACGAACACAACAGAGGUACGAACACGACAGAGGUACGAACACGACAGAGGGACGAACACAACAGAGGUACGAACACGACAGAGGUACGAACACGACAGAGGGACGAACACAACAGAGGUACGAAUACGACAGAGGGACGAACACAACAGAGGUACGAACACGACAGAGGGACGAACACAACAGAGGUACGAACACGACAGAGGUACGAACACGACAGAGGGACGAACACGACAGAGGUACGAACACGACAGAGGUACGAACACGACAGAGGGACGAACACAACAGAGGUACGAAUACGACAGAGGGACGAACACAACAGAGGUACGAACACGACAGAGGGACGAACACAACAGAGGUACGAACACGACAGAGGUACGAACACGACAGAGGGACGAACACAACAGAGGUACGAACACGACAGAGGGAUGAACACAACAGAGGUACGAACACGACAGAGGUACGAACACUACAGAGGGACGAACACAACAGAGGUACGAACACGACAGAGGUACGAACACGACAGAGGGACGAACACAACAGAGGUACGAACACGACAGAGGUACGAACACGACAGAGGGACGAAACACAACAGAGGUACGAACACGACAGAGGGAUGAACACAACAGAGGUACGAACACGACAGAGGUACGAACACGACAGAGGGACGAACACAACAGAAGUACGAACACGACAGAGGUACGAACGACGACAGAGGGACGAACACGACAGAGGUACGAACACGACAGAGGGACGAACACAACAGAGGUACGAACACGACAGAGGGACGAACACAACAGAGGUACGAACACGACAGAGGUACGAACACGACAGAGGGACGAACACGACAGAGGUACGAACACGACAGAGGGAUGAACACAACAGAGGUACGAACACGACAGAGGGACGAACACAACAGAGGUACGAACACGACAGAGGUACGAACACGACAGAGGGACGAACACAACAGAGGUACGAACACGACAGAGGGAUGAACACAACAGAGGUACGAACACACGACAGAGGUACGAACACGACAGAGGGACGAACACAACAGAGGUACGAACACGACAGAGGUACGAACACGACAGAGGGACGAACACAACAGAGGUACGAACUCGACAGAGGAACGAACACAACAGAGGUACGAACACGACAGAGGGACGAACACAACAGAGGUACGAACUCGACAGAGGAACGAACACAACAGAGGUACGAACACGACAGAGGGACGAACACAACAGAGGUACGAACACGACAGAGGUACGAACACGACAGAGGGACGAACACAACAGAGGGACGAACACAACAGAGGUACGAACACGACAGAGGGAUGAACACAACAGAGAGGUACGAACACACGACAGAGGGACGAACACAACAGAGGUACGAACACGACAGAGGUACGAACACGACAGAGGGACGAACACAACAGAGGUACGAACACGACAGAGGGACGAACACAACAGAGGUAACGAACACGACAGAGGGACGAACACAACAGAGGUACGAACACAACAGAGGUACGAACACGACAGAGGGACGAACACAACAGAGGUACGAACACGACACGAACACAACAGAGGUACGAACACGACAGAGGUACGAACACGACGAGGGACGAACACAACAGAGGUACGAACACGACAGAGGUACGAACACGACAGAGGGACGAACACAACAGAGGUACGAACACGACAGAGGGACGAACACAACAGAGGUACGAACACGACAGAGGGACGAACACAACAGAGGUACGAACACGACAGAGGGACGAACACAACAGAGGUACGAACACGACAGAGGGACGAACACAACAGAGGUACGAACACGACAGAGGGACGAACACAACAGAGGUACGAACACGACAGAGGGACGAACACAACAGAGGUACGAACACGACAGAGGUACGAACACGACAGAGGGACGAACACAACAGAGGUACGAACACGACAGAGGUACGAACACGACAGAGGUACGAACACGACAGAGGUACGAACACGACAGAGGUACGAACACGACAGAGGUACGAACACGACAGAGGGACGAACACAACAGAGGUACGAACACGACAGAGGGACGAACACAACAGAGGUACGAACACGACAGAGGUAGUGCCAAGUCUUCAAAGUAUGAAAAGAAAGAUGCUAGUAUAUUAAGAGAAGAAAGAAAGAAACAAAGACAUAGAGAUAGAGAUAAGGAGAAAGAGGGUGGUGAUAGUCAUAAGAGUAUAGAACAGACGAGAGAACAAAUAGUUAAGGAUGUAGAAAGUACAAAAGAAAAUGUAAAAAGUUACAAAGAUAGUAGCAGUUAUAAGGAGAAAGAAAGGGAAAGAGAGAAGGAUCGCGAGACUAGGGAGAGGGAGAAGGAGCGCGAGAAGGAAAAAGAACGCGAACAGCGCUGGGCGCGCGAGUGCCACGAGGAGCUGAAGCGCGCGCGCGCCGAGCUGGCCAGCGCGCGCUCGGGCGAGGCGGAGGCGAAGCGCGCGCUGGCCGCCGCCGCCGCCGCCGACCGCCAGCGCCGCGCCGAGCACGCGCAGCUGCGCCAGGCGCACUCCGCGCUGCAGCACAAGUACGCCUGGCCUCAACUCGACGCCCCCUCAAACAGGCGACGACCUUCAACAACUCCAACGCUCCCUCAACCAGUUAACGCCCUUCAACAACUCCAAUGCCCCAUCAACCGCUCGACUCCCUUUAACAACUCCAACGCCCAUAAAACAGCCGACGUCGUU